ACACAUCAUAAUUAUCUUAUUUAUUGAUUUUAUUCGGCAUAAAACUCAUCAGAUUCAUCAGAUUUAUCUUAUUUAUUGAUUUUAUUCAGAAUAAAAACGCAUGAAAUUCAGAAGCCGUCAGAAGCCAUUGGACCAACUUUGAAAAAUGGCCUGGUUCAAUAGAAUUGGAAAACGAUACAUCACUAAAUCAAGUUUUCGCGCCACUGAUGGACUUCAAGCUCCUGGCUUUUCAACAAAAGCCGUGUCUUCCCUUCUCCAUAGUUGGUCUUCAUUUUCAGUGUACAAAUAUUCUCUUCCUACCAUUAAUGGAUCUCGAGCUCCUGGUUUUCCUUCCGAGUUUCUCCCUUCACUUCUCAAAAGCCGCUUCUUCUGCUCUGUUCCGACCCAAAAUCGAUUGGGUCCAUCAGGUUUGAGACCCACAAGUCCAGAUGGGAAGGCUAGGGUUGUGGUUUUGGGCUCUGGUUGGGCCGGUUGUCGAUUCAUGAAGGGGUUGGAUACUGAUCUUUAUGAUGUCGUUUGUAUAUCCCCGAGGAAUCAUAUGGUUUUUACGCCUCUUUUGGCUUCGACUUGUGUUGGCACGCUGGAGUUUAGGUCAGUUGCAGAGCCAAUUGGGAGGAUCCAGCCUGCUAUUUCGAAUGCUCCGAAUUCUUACUUCUUCUUGGCUACCUGUAAAGGCAUUGACACUGAUAACCAUGUUGUGCACUGCGAGAGUGUUACUGAUGGAAGUAAGUCACAAAUCAUUGAGCCUUGGAGCUUUACCGUUCCAUAUGAUAAGCUAGUUAUCGCAUCAGGUGCCGAGGCCUCCACAUUUGGUAUAAAAGGUGUGAAAGAGCAUUCUAUAUUUCUCCGUGAAGUUUCUCAUGCUCAAGAGAUCCGCAGGAAGCUUCUCCUAAAUCUGAUGCUUUCUGAUGCGCCUGGAAUAUCAGAGGCAGAAAAGAGUAGACUUCUACACUUCGUUGUAGUUGGAGGUGGGCCUACUGGUGUUGAAUUCAGUGGUGAACUUAGUGAUUUCAUCAUCAGGGAUGUGCAUGAGAGAUACUCUCAUGUUAAAGAGAACAUCCGUGUGACUUUAAUUGAGGCAAAUGAAAUUUUAUCCUCCUUUGACGAUCGACUAAGACAAUACGCUACAAGGCACUUAACUAAGUCGGGGGUCCGACUUGUUCGUGGAGUUGUAAAAGAUGUACAUCCUCAAAAGAUCAUUUUAAGUGAUGGCACAGAGGUUCCCUAUGGACUGCUAGUAUGGUCCACUGGUGUUGGCCCCUCUUCUUUUAUAAAUUCUUUGCAAUUUCCAAAGUCCUCUGGUGGAAGAAUAGGUGUGGAUGAAUGGUUACGUGUUCCUUCAGUACAGGAUGUCUUCUCCAUUGGUGAUUGCUCAGGAUUUCUUGAAAGUACUGGCAAACCGGCGCUCCCAGCUUUGGCCCAGGUCGCAGAGAGACAAGGGAAAUAUUUAGCCAGUCUUCUAAAUCAAAUUGGUAAAGCUGGUGGGAGCCAUGCUAACUGUGCACAAGAGAUAGAAUUGGGGAGUCCUUUUGUUUAUAAGCACUUGGGGAGUAUGGCAACUGUUGGCCGUUACAAGGCCCUUGUGGACCUUAGGCAGAGCAAGGAAGGGAAAGGCCUGUCUCUUGCUGGAUUCUUGAGUUGGUUCAUUUGGAGGUCGGCUUAUCUGACACGCGUAAUUAGCUGGAGGAAUAGAUUCUAUGUGGCAAUCAAUUGGGCCACCACCUUUGUUUUUGGCCGUGAUAUAAGUCGCAUUUAAAAUGGAGCUGAAUUCAAAUCUUAGGUUGGCAAGAAAGUAGGGGCUAUUCAACUUCCAAAAUCUUGAAUGAUGUCAAUAUUUUGUUUAUUCUUUGCUUAAGCAUGAUUUUGUUUAUGUGCAUGCAUGCGCAUGCACUGAUUUCAUUGAUCUAAUUUUUAUGAGUUCCCUUAUAGUAGAGAACUACACCAAGAGAAUAUAACAAGUGACAUUUUAAUACAAUUCUUGUAAUAAAUGUCUGAUAUUAUAAUUUAUAUUAAGGGGGUCCUGAAAGUUCCAUGUGAGAAA